AUGAUUCGCAGACAAUUAAAUAAAAUCUCGUUUAACCAAGUACCACACUUGAAAGAAAUAUUUAUCUAUUGGGUUGACACAAAUAAUCCAAUACCAAACUUAGAUUUCUUUGGAUUCAAGCCAAACGACGGCCAUAUUCCAGUUACAAUCUUACCAACUGUAUCUGGAUUCAUCACAGACAGAUUUAUAGCUCCAGAGAACUUGAGCACAGACACAGUACUUAUAAUGGACGAUGACUUAGUCAUUUCAGGAACAGAACUCGACAGAGCCUUUGUUGUCUACAAAAAGAACAAUUUCACCGAUAGAAUCUUCGGUUUAAGAACGAGAUCAUUCAAGAAAGACAAAUAUAAUUUAUUCGAAUACGACCGUCCCUAUAAUAUGGUGAUAACAAACUUCGCAUUCUUGAACGUUAAAAUGCUUGAGUAUUAUCACUUACCAAAAUAUAAAGAACUUGUUGAUUAUUGUGUUAAAAUUAGGAAUUGUGAUGAUAUAUUGAUGAACUACAUAGCGAGUCAUGAAUUUAAGAAGUCACCGAUUGCAAUUAAUUUAGAUGUGAUCCAUCUUGGAGUUUUCGGAAUUAGCUUCGGAAAGGAUCACAAGGAGAAAAGAGAUAAAUGUUGCCAGAUGUUUACAAAACAUUUCGGGUACGACGUUGUUGGAACUUAUGAAUCUAAUUCAAUCUUUCAAAAAACUUGGUAG